AUGAUGACCGUUCCAACAUUUUCUAAUCCCGAUCUCACAAGUCAACCAAGUCAAACCGUUGUGACAUCUCCAUCAUCAUUUUCUUCCGAUUUCAAAUUUUCAUCGACACAUUCCAAUACUGGCCAAACCCUUUCGAAUUCUCAACUCACAACACAUUCACAAGAAUAUUCAUUUAUUUCCUCUUCAUCAUCCACAACUUGUUCUUCCGAUGUGCUCUUAUCUAAAAUUUCCACAGCUGAACAUUAUGACUCGUUUCUAGAAAUUGUCAAGGAAGGAAGAAUGCGACGAGUGGGACCAUUCAAAGGACUUCGUUCCAAUGUGAAACAUGCAUGUCAAUCGAAACCAUGUGGUCGAGAAUGGUCUCCUUCUCCCAUUCAAAUCAUAUCAAACAAUGAUUAUUAUUGUCCUUCAUGUGUGUUGCAUCAUCGAAAUAAUGUUGAGAGAUUUAAGGAGAGUGAAUUGGAAUGGACGAGUCAUGUGCCAAAUACUUUUUAUGUGUUUCAAAUUCAAGAUCCGAAUAGUGGAAUGACACUUGUCAAAUUUGGAAGAACCCAACAUGAAGAUGCUCUUAAAAGAUAUUCAACCAAAGAAUUGACUGAAUUUAACAUGAAAUUAUUACUUGCUUUGAGAGGAAGGUUAGAGACCAUGACAAAUAUUGAGAAUUGGUGGAAAGAGCAAGCUGAAGCGAUGGAUUUAUUUAGUCGAUUUUCCAUCGAAUCAUUUCAUGGAUUGACAGAAUGUGUCGAGUUAGAGGAUGAGAUGUUGGAGGAUUUUCUGGCUUACAGUAAAGUGGUGAGUGAAAAGGAAGAAGAACCAUUCAAAAAAUGGUUAUUGGACUAUGAAGAGAGGAUUGAGAGGUUUAAGCAAUCUGUCGUGAAUAAAUAG